AUGGGCCACACGAUUCAGGGCAAGCAGGUCGGCAACAUUGGCUUCGGCCUGAUAGGCCUGUCAGUACCUCCCGGUAGACUCACCGAAGAAGAGGCCUUCGCCGCCAUCAAAGCCGCCCUUGACGCCGGCUGUAACUACCUGAACGCCGGUGAAUUCUAUGGUACGCCUGACGCCAACUCACUCACCCUCCUCAACAGCUACUACGCAAAAUACCCCGAGGGCAGGGACAAGGUCCUGCUCAACGUCAAGGGCUGCAUCUUUGAGAACCUCACUCCGGACGACUCGCCGGCCGCCGUCAAGACCAGCGUCGAGAACAGCGUCCGGCUGAUCGGCGGCAAGGGCCGCAUCGACCAGUUCGAGCCCGCCCGCAAGGACCCCAAGGUUGACAUCGAGACCACCCUCGCCGCGCUCCAGGAGCAGGUCGACGCCGGCAACAUCGGGGGCAUCUCCCUCAGCGAGGUCAGCGCCGCGACCAUCCGCCGCGCUGCCAAGGUCACCAAAAUCCACUCCGUCGAGGUCGAGCUCUCGUUAUGGGCCACCGAGCCGCUCGAGAACGGCGUUGUCGAGGCAUGCGCCGAACUCGGCAUCCCCAUCCUCGCAUACGCCCCCCUCGGCCGGGGCAUGCUCACCGGGCAGCUCAAAUCCCCCGCCGACAUCCCCCCGGGCGACCACCGCCACACGAUGCCGCGAUUCCAGCCGGACGUAUUCGCUCACAACCUACGCAUGGCGGACGAGGUAGCCAAGCUAGCCGCGCGCAAGGGCUGCACGCCGGCGCAGGUGGCCAUCGGCUGGGUGCUGGCGCUGGGGCGGCGGCCCGGCAUGCCCGCCAUCAUCCCCAUCCCGGGGGCGGGGCGUCCCGAGAGAGUAAAGGAGAAUGCCGUGGAGGUGGAGCUGGGGGAGGAGGAGAUGGCGGAGUUGGGGAGAAUCGCGAGGGAGUACGCGCCGGUAGGGGAGAGGUAUUCGGAGCAUGGGAUGAGGGCGUUGGAUGGGAGUACGGAGUAG